UUUUUUCUAAUUUCCAUUCGAAGUCCUUACUAUUCCAUAUGAUGACGAAGCACUCAAAAGCCCCAAAUGCCUCUCGCUAAAAAUCUAGGGUUUCGCGAGGACCACCCCUGGAUCUCCGUCCAGUAAAAAAAAAAACAAAAAAAGGGACCUAAUUUCUUGAAAUUUUGGUUUCUAGGGUUUUUGAUUUUGUAAAAUUUCUUAAUUUUGGCCGUUUGGUUCCCGUGAAAUUUGGGCUUUUAAGGAUUUUGAUUCUUUCUUUUUUGUUUGGUUAUUUUAUUUUUGUUCGAAUUAAAAUUCUUUCUUUGUGAAGAAGUUUUGUUUUCUAUAAAGCUUUAUAUUUGUGAAACUUUUGGCUUUUGGUGUUUUGUGUGGACAAAAUAUCGGGUUAUCAGUGAUUUUGGUUUUUGAUUCGUUGAGGUCUUUUUUUGGUCGAAUUAGGAAAGUUUUGAGAUUUAGGGUUUUGGUUUGUGUUUGGGAGGGAUGACGACAGUUGGUGAGGAAGAGGUAGACUAUGAGAGUGAUCCAGAGGAGGCGAAGCGAUCGCUAGCGAUGCGGAGGCGGGAAGCAAGCGACGAUGAGGAAGGUGAAAGAGAGGGGAGAGAGAAGUCGAAGGUCGAUCGCAGGGUUGGGAUUCACUCGGACGAAUCGGACGGUCAGGGCGGGGCCGCGGACUAUGAAGAUGACGAAGAAUUGGGAAUAGAGGAUGAAGAAGAGGAGGUGGAGGAGGAGGUUGAUGACGAAGAGGUUGAGGAAGGGGACGAGGAAGAGGAGGAAGCGUAUGAUGAGAGUGGCCGUGAAGCUGAGGCUGCCCUUGGCCCCAUUGGUGUUGAGAGUUCAGGGGUUGCAGUUCAUAAGGAAGGCGGGGGAGACGAGAGGAGGUCUGUGGAAGAGUCAGUGGAUGCGAAUGUGGGGGCUCAGGGCAAGGAAGAAGAGGAUAAAAAGGAGAAUGAGCCCUUUGCAGUGCCCACUGCCGGGGCGUUUUACAUGCACGAUGACCGGUUUAGGGAUAGCGCUGGUGGUAGGCACAGGCGAACACAUGGUGGAAGGAAGUUGUGGGAGUCUAAAGAUGACAGAAAGUGGGGGCAUGACAAGUUUGAAGAGAUAACUUUUCAGGAAAGACAUUAUGAAGAGGGAAGGAGAUCUUCGAAGGGUCAUUAUCGAGGUCGUGGUAGAAACCGAAUUGACCGUGGGUAUGGUAGAGGAAACAGGUCUAAAGUAUAUAACAAUAAUAAUAAUAACAUUAAUCAGAGCCAGGCUCCCAAGGGUGUGAGAGGGAAAGGGCCCAGAAGGUAUGAACCUGCUAUGAAGAACAGCAGCCAGACUUCUUCGGCGCAAAACAGACAAUCUGGGAAGUCUCUGGAGAAACCGUCGCAUGCCAACUCAGGGAGAGGUUUUACACCUGUAUCUAAUUCAGAAUCUAACCCAGCACCUACUAGGAAAAAUGUGUUUGCAUCAAGCUUGAAUUCAGCUUCACCUCCUUUUUACCCAUCGGGCUCUUCCACUAAGGAUAUCACACUGACCCAUAAGAGGGAUGUGCAAGCUGCAAGUACUAACAAGAAUGCCCGCCAAUCUGUUAUGGACGAGAGUUUUUCAGUGCCACAAACCAAUGCAUUGGUGAGAGGGAAGAAUAUAGCUGAGUCUGUCAACAUGGAUAAACUUCAUAUUGAUGAUUCCGUCAAUUCAGCGGCUGGGAAGACCUUGAAUAAUUUACAGAUGCCGCCUUCUGGACCAUCAUUAGUAAACACAAGUCAACCACCUCAAUCCAGGGCUCAGGGGAGGGUUGUUCUACCAGGACAGAUGAGUUAUCAACCAGCUCCACCCCAUAACCAGCUCACAAGGGCUUCUUCGUCAACGCAACUACAUGCUGUUCAGCGAAGUCCUGCUCAGAACCGAGCUCAACCUGCUGUGCAAAAUUCUACUCAGCAGUUGGGACAGCGUCCUGGUAGUGGAUCUCAAACUUCCUCUCCUCCUAAAACUGCCGUGUCAUUAAGUUCACUUGAACCUGGAGAAGUGGAAUCACCUUUAGAAACAAGCAAAUCUAAGACUGCACUGGUUGGAAAGGGAAAAGGCAUUGCCCAAGGUAGUGGAAGGGGUUCUCAUAUUUAUGGUGGGGCACAGGUUAUUGCAGCCACUGGGAGCAUGGGUGUGAGUCAUGGAGAUCAAAACUUCCCUGGGACUCCAGCUUUUUUGCCAGUUAUGCAAUUUGGAGGCCAGCAUCCUGGUGGUAUUGGAGUUCCAGCUGUUGGAAUGGCAUUCCCUGGAUAUGUUGCUAACCCACAACUUGGUUUGGGAAACUCUGAAAUGACAUGGUUACCAGUUCUGGCCGGUGCAGGAGCUUUGGGGAGUACAUAUUGUCCACCAUAUAUUGCCGUUGAUGGUAAUUAUCAUCCUCGUCCAUCGGGACAGACAUCUUCAGGGGGUACUCCAAGCAAAGAAAAUAAUGCAAAUAAACCCAAUAAUGAAUGGAAGUCUUCACAAAAGUCUGAGAUUGUGAACGAUGAAUUUGGGCAGCGACAGAAUAAACCCCGCAGAUAUUCAGAGAUGAACUUUGGCCAGUGAAAUGCGUAAUUAGGAUGGAGCUCGUUUGAAUAAACAGAUAAAAGGCCUUCCUCUAGGCCCUUGGUGAUCUCCAGCUUUAUUCUGGAGCACUUUGGGCCGCAAUGUGUUCCAAGAUAUCUUAGUUAUAUAUGACAACGCCUGCUCAUGCUGCACUCAGUUUAAGAUCAAUAUUGCAGCUUGACGGGUGGCAGUUCCUCUUUUAAAUGUGCGGUUUUCUUGUGGCUUGGUUUUAAAACCGGAGCUUGUGAGAAAUGUAAACGGGGCUUCGCUAUGAACAAUAUGAAAAAAUAAAAAAAGAAAGUGAAAAAAAAGAAAAAAAAAAGUAACAAGAAUUAUUGUGCAGCAGCAGUUUGGACGCUGAAGAUUUUUCUUUUUGCAUAGAUGAUGCAUUGGUUUCUCUGUUCUUAUAAUGUUAAUUAUUAAAAUUUUCCUGGCUUGAGUGGACUUUCCUGAAUUAGGCAUUUUCUUGCUUAGUUGACUUUUACUUCUACUGAUUUGCUGGGAUAAUAUAUUGAAAGGCAAGAGGUUUUACGUGAUCUUGGAACUCUUUGGUGCAGUAAUUUGUAUUGCUGUAGUGAGUAAGUGGAUGUUCUAUGCAAACUCAUAUGAAUGAACUACUUUAUUUUUAUCUUUUUUUAUGGGGAAAUCCAAAGGCUUGGUUAUAAUUAUUAUUUCUA